AGGAAGCUGGGCCCAGUGGUGUGUUCCGCUUCCUAGGUUCCAUCUUGCCGCAGCCGAUUCGCAUCGUGCUUGCCUUCUUCUAUUUGAAGUGCAAAUAAUAACAGAUCAUACUGGUAACGUUUGCUAAGCUUGCGUGCUUAGGCAGGCCCCCAUGUUUUCGCGCCUAUCCCAAGUGGCACGCCAUUUUUCGAGACCGCUGCCUAACUUUGGCCAUUCGUCUGCUGCAGUCACUGCUGGUCUUCGAGAUAUCCUAGGAAACGGCACCAUGGCAUCCCAGACGACAGCGAGCGAGCGUGCUUCGAGGAAGAUUCAUACGGCAGCUUGUCUCAUCAUUGGUGACGAGGUCCUGGGUGGAAAGGCAGGUCAGGAGGAUACCAAUUCUCACGACGUCGCCAAGUGGUGUUUUAACUUGGGCAUUAACCUGAAGCGUGUUGAAGUCAUCGAGGAUGAUGAGGCCGAGAUCAUUGAGGCUGUCCGCCGCAUGAGCGAGCGCUACGACCUCGUAGUGACAAGCGGCGGCAUCGGGCCAACACAUGACGAUAUCACCUACAAGUCGAUCGCCAAGGCCUUCGACUUGCCCCUAAUUCUGCACAAGGAAGCCUAUGCCCUGAUGAAGAAGCUCUCUAAGCCGCGCCCGGGCCAGCCCGAAUUCAACUGGGAUGUUGAUUCGCCCGCCUUACGGGCCAAGCUGCGCAUGGUCGAGCUGCCCACCGACACCAGCCGACCCCUCGAGGAGCAGUUUCUGUUUCCCUGCAAAGACCUAUGGGUUCCAAUUGCCGUGGUUAAUGGGAAUGUGCAUAUCCUGCCCGGCGUGCCCAAGCUGUUUACACAACUCCUAAACGGCCUGACGCCCAUCAUCCUGCCCCGUUUGUCCGAUCCCGAGGGCAAGGGGUUAACGCGGAUCAGCAUCUCGACGCCGCUGGGCGAGAGCGAGGUGGCCGAGUACCUAGCGGAGCUGGCUGCCCGCGUCGAGCCAAAGGGUGUUAAGGUCGGAAGCUAUCCCCAGUGGGGCAAGAAAAGGAACACUGUUACUCUCGUCGGGAGAGACAGAGAGUUUUUAGAGGGCAUCACGCCCGAGGUCCUUCACUAUGUGAAGGGGACGUUGAUGACGACUGGAAAGGAGGAUGCGAUGAGCGACGCGGAGGAGUGACCAUGGCAGGUUGGCAGCACCUGGCGCUAAGAGAAGAAGAGAUACUGUGGUAACCAUAGGUCGAUGGGACAAGAAUUUCGUUAUACGCAGUAUAGUAACUAACGCUAACUACAAACGAGAGCAGUGUUUACACAGUACAUUAUUCGCCUAAACAUAGCUGCUACUGUGUAACUAACAUUGCUCCGUACUGC